AUGGUUGUACCAGUGCUGUCAGCUGGUACAGGGAUGGUUGUACCAGUGCUGUCAGCUGGUAAAGGGAUGGUUGUACCAGUGCUGUCAGCUGGUACAGGGAUGGUUGUACCAGUGCUGUCAGCUGGUACAGGGAUGGUUGUACCAGUGCUGUCAGCUGGUACAGGGAUGGUUGAACCAGUGCUGUCAGCUGGUACAGGGAUGGUUGAACCAGUGCUGUCAGCUGGUACAGGGAUGGUUGAACCAGUGCUGUCAGCUGGUACAGGGAUGGUUGAACCAGUGCUGUCAGCUGGUACAGGGAUGGUUGAACCAGUGCUGUCAGCUGGUACAGGGAUGGUUGAACCAGUGCUGUCAGCUGGUACAGGGAUGGUUGAACCAGUGCUGUCGUCAGCUGGUAAAGGGAUGGUUGUACCAGUGCUGUCAGCUGGUACAGGGAUGGUUGUACCAGUGCUGUCAGCUGGUACAGGGAUGGUUGUACCAGUGCUGUCAGCUGGUACAGGGAUGGUUGUACCAGUGCUGUCAGCUGGACAGGGACAACAGGGAGGCUGGUAUCACCGAGCCGUAGCUGGUGUCACCGAGCCACAGCUGGGAUCACCGAGCCACAGCUGGUAUCACCGAGCCGUAGCUGGUAUCACCGAGCCGUAG